GUGAUGGGACUUCUUCUCUGUAGGAAACACAGGGUUUUUCUAUUGAUGGCAUUUGGUCUUUUCUGUCCUCCAGUAUUGGGCUGUUUGUCGUCUGGAAAACCAACAAAAGGAUCGCACUCACCUGCAGAUCCUGCAUGUAAUGAUUGACAUGGCUGGAUCCACCCCAACCAGCCAUUGAAAGACAACUGAUCUUUUUCUUUUGCAGACUCAGACCGUGCAGUCCGUUGAAAUGACUGGUAUCACGCAGCAGAUGGACGGACUGUCCCUUCAGGCGCCGCUCAGACGCUUUAGGCUUUUGGUUGUCUAUCUUCACCUAAUACAUUCUUGUAGAGGUCAGUCUCAGUUAAUUGGUCCUUCUCAGCCAAUAGUAGCAAGAGUUGGCGAUGAUGUCAUUUUACCAUGUAGCCUGGAACCAACAGAGGAUGUUGCUGCCAAGACUUUGGAGUGGACGAGAUCUGACUUGAAUCCUAUAUUUGUCCUUGUGUGGCGUGCUGGUCAGGACUUUGUACAAAUUAAACAUCCAUCUUUCAAAGGACGGACAUGGCUGUUUCCUGAUGAGCUGAAACACGGAAACAUUUCACUGAAACUGUCCAAAGUGAAACCUUCUGAUGCGGCGAGAUACAAAUGCUACAUUCCAAAGCUGAAUACAGAGUAUUUUGUUGAUCUUGUUGUUGCAUCAGAUGCCGUUUCCUUGCCUGUCAUGAGUUUAGCAGGGAUUGACAGAGACAAAGGAGGAGUAGUGCUACAGUGUGAGUCUAAAGGCUGGUUUCCAGAGCCUGAGGUGUUGUGGCUGGACGGUGAGGGAAACCUCCUCUCUGCUGGACCUUCAGAGACAGUCAGAGGUCCUGAUGAUCUCUAUACUGUCAGCAGCAGAGUGACUGUGGAGAAGAGACCCAGCAACAGCUUCACCUGUAGAGUCCAGCAGAAGAACAUCAACCAGACCAGAGAGACAGAAAUCCAUGUUACAGAUGAUUUCUUUGAGGUCCAGUCCAGUUCUUCUGUUCCCAUCAACACUGGUUUGGCUGUUAGUUUGUCUGUUUUUGUCAUCCUGUUUAUUCUGUUACUUCUCUUUUCUGUGUGGAAAUGGAGACAAAACAAAAUCAACAUGAAGACAAGCCACAGGGGUGAAACUGAUGAAGAAGAAAACGGAACUAAAGAUCCGUCUGUCACUGCAGAAGAAACCGAGGCUUUGACAGGAGAAAAGGUACAUGCAAGCAGAGUUGAAGUGGGGGAGCAUGAACAUUCUGAGUCUGAGGAGGACAAGACCGGCUCAGCCAAUCAGAGCUCAGCAACAGGACCUGUCAUUGUUCAUGAGGUUGGGCGAACUGGCAAAUUAAUCCGUCUCAGAAACACAUUGAGUGAGGACCAAAAUCUGGGAGAAUGGAAUUUAGAAAUGCAGAUCAACGACACACAACCCAUCACAUACACAUUUCCGAAAUCAUACAAGCUCAAGGCUGAAAGAAUCAUCACUAUUGUGGGGCCAACUUCUGGUACUGAUCUGGUGUGGAGGGACUUGAAGUCCUGGAACCCCGGAGACAAACUCAAGUUCACCCUCACCACCAACAAGAGAGAGAUCAAUUCAGUAUAUGAAACAUAAUAAUUAGCCUGCUGUCAUACUAUUUUUUUACCUGACCUUUCUGCUCCUUUUUACUACAAUAAUCUCCCAUUUUGCUGCUUCAAUCAGCAACAGAAAGCACCAUAGAAAAAAUGAUCACAUUAACACAUCAGAAACAUCAGGACUCAGAUCUUCCUGUAAAAACCCAGAUUGUAGUGAUGCUCUGUCAACAUGAUGUCACGUCUCUCUUUAAUCAUAACAUCAUGAAUAUUAAAUCAAACUCUACGUUUUUGUUAUUGUGGUAAGUUCAGCAAUUCAUAACAUGUUUUAUUUGAAAUGUGGUGAACAUCUGCAUCUUCCUAUUUGGACACAUUACUGAAAAAAACUCAUCAUGAAGACAAAAUAUAAUUCUAAAAUCAAAUAUUGAACUGUUAUGAAGACAUGCACAAAAUCAACAUGUGAGCUAACAUAACUCAGGGAUCUUCGUUAUUCUGUAUUUGUUUUAUUUAACUGUAAUUGAAUGUAUAUAGGCUAGCCAAUAUAGAAUUUUGUAAUAAAGAGAUAAAAAGACAAAUACACGUUUGAUUUCAGUUCUGUUGAACUCCAAGUAUUUAAUCGGCAAAGACCUUUCUAAUUUAUUGUCUUUGUUGUGCAUGUGUUAAUAAACAAUUGUUCACUCA